GGUGGGAUUUUACUCCACCUCCGAGGAAAUGUUCUUGGUUGGACGCGUGCUAGCUCCAAGUACAAGUUUCUUCACUUCAUUGUAGGGCGACAUGACCUACCUUUCUACUACCCCGAGUCGUCCGAGUUGCAGCUGUCCUUUUUCAACUGUUUCUUGAAGGAUAACGAUGCGGACGGUUGGAAGUCCGGGAAUCAACCUCGGGUUCGUCUGACCCUGCGCAAGGGAGAGGCUGGGGUGGAUGAUCCGGAGAGAGAGCGAGAAUUUCCCAAGAGAGAUGAGGCAGACUGGCCGUUGCCCAGGACAGAAUACACAAAGUUUUACCUAACUCCAGAAAACACGCUAAGCAAGACUCCAUCUUCAUCCACGAAGACAGUCGAAUACGAUGCGCUCAAAGGGGCUCCCAUUCAGUUUUAUUACAAGUCCUCGUCCUCGCUUGAAAUAACCGGCCACAUUGUCGCCCACUUGACUGUGUCCUCAUUUCGCGAAUCUCCCGCCGCGUCUCCCCCAUUAGAGAUCGAUCUCUUUGUCACCCUUCGCAAGAUCAACGCCAAGGGAGAGGAGGUCUUCUACACCGGUACAAUGGGUGAUCCUGUGCCUGUCGUAAAAGGAUGGCAGCGAGUCUCACUCCGGAAGGUAGAUGUCAAUAACAUUCUUCACAAAGACUACCUCCCUCACCGCAAUUACUAUUCGACCGAGGUACAGCCUGUGGAGGAGGGCCAGAAGUACGAGGUGGAUGUUGAAAUCUGGCCAACUAAUGUGGUCCUGGAGCCAAAAGAGAGCCUAGUGCUAGAAGUUGCUGGCCACGACACUCAGGGUGUUGGCAAAUUCUCUCACGAGCAUCCUGAUGACCGUAACCCGAAAGUAUUGGACGGAGUAAACAUCAUAACUGUUGGCGGAGAGGCAAGCUGGCUGACUCUUCCUAUUAUUCAUUCUAGCCACUAG